GAGACACAAACCAAAGCGCAUUCAUUUCCUCCUAUUGUCGUCUUCGAUAACACCCCAAAAACCAGGCCCCUCCCCCAUCCUCCUUUAUCAAUCCCAACCUCCCCCACCUCCCUCGUUAUUACCUGUUCUCUCCAUAUAUCCUAUAACCCAUCAUCUCUCCCACUAUAAUUUCUCUCCUCUCUCUCUCACCCAGAUUCCUUCCGAUUGAUGAAGCGUGGGUUUUCCAUGGCGGAGGAGGGCGAUAAUAAGAUGAAGAAGUUAAAGGUGGAAGAAGAAGAAGAAGGGGAAGACAAGAUUGAGCAGCAGCAGCAAGAAGAGGAGGUUGUCAUCGUUCAAGGCCCGGGCUUUACGAAUCUGGACGAUAAUCUGAUAUUCGAGGUGUUUAAGCACGUUGAUGCCAGAACACUGGGAAUGGCGUCGUGUGUGAGCAAGCAGUGGCACAAGACCGCCCAGGACGAGCGGCUCUGGGAGCUCAUCUGCACCCGCCACUGGGCUAACAUCGGCUGCGGUAAUCAGCAGCUGAGAUCUGUCGUCCUCGCCCUCGGUGGCUUCCGGAGGCUCCACUCCCUCUACAUCUGGCCUCUCACUAGGCCUUCUCCGUCCUCUUUAUCGUCCUUGUCUUCUUCUUCUUCGUCGUCGGCUCCGUCGUCUUCUUCGUCGUCGUGGGCGGCUCCGCUGAAGCCGGUGGUGGCCGCCAAGCCGCACGCUAGGUGGGGGAAGGAUGAGGUGAAUCUUUCGCUCUCGCUUCUGUCGAUUCGGUUUUAUGAGAAGAUGAAUUACAGCAACAGAGGCCCAGGAAGAUGAGGGUUUAAGCUCAAGAAUCGGAUAUUAUUCAUAUAUAUAUUUCGUAAUUUCCGUUGGAUUUUCCGUUUUAGUUUCUUGAAUUUUUCUGGGUUUUUGGUACUUUGAUCUGUACUGUAUGCUUGGUUGACUUUUCCUAAGCUUGUUCUGUAUAUUAUAAGAGAUGGAAUUUGCUGAAUUUUAUGUACUAUAAUUUCACAAA